CAUCUUACCAUCCUCAAACCGACGGCCAGACGGAAAUCGUGUAUAAGGGAUUGGAGGUAUACUUGCGGUGUUUUGCUUCAAGUCAGCCCAAGCAAUGGGCUAAAUGGUUACCAUGGGCCGAGUUCUCAUACAACACGUCUCCCCACACCACCACCAAGAUGUCACCCUUUAAGGUGGUGUACGGCCGUGAACCACCGAAGUUAUGGAGGUUGGGAACGGGUCAAACUCCGGUGGAUAGUUUGGAGGGCUGGCUCCGAGAGAGAGAUUGGGUUGAAGGAUAAUAUCAGCCGAGCCCAACAAAUUAUGAAACAGAACGAUGAUCGAAAGCGGAGGGAUGAACAAUUUGAAAUCGGGGAAACGGUAUACUUGAAAUUACAGCCGUACCGACAGCGCUCACUAGCGAAGAGGCCGUUCGAGAAAUUGGCAGCCCGAUACUAUGGUCCCUUUAAGGUGGUGGAAAGAAUUGGGAAGGUUGCUUACAAGCUCGAGCUUCCACCGUCGAGCAGAAUUCACCCCGUGUUUCACAUUUCCCAAUUAAAACGAGCCGUAGGGGAUGUCUGGGUUAAUCCUUCAAUUCCGGAGCAAAUAUCCCCGGAGAUGGAAUUGGCAGCGGAACCGGAAGAGCUAUUGGAGGUCCGUCACAAGGCAAGUGGGGGAAAGUCGCGUGUGGAAGUCCUAAUUAAGUGGAAGGGGCUACCUCAGUUCGAAGCUACUUGGGAGGAUGGGGAUGCCAUUGCAAAGCGAUUUCCGACUUUCCACCUUGAGGACAAGGUGAAUCUCGAGCCGGCGGGUAAUGUGAUAGAGCCGCCUAUAAAAGUCUAUGCUCGAAGAAGGAAGGUCAAUCGUGGUCAAGAAGGAGCAAACCUGAAUUAUCAUCCAUAAGUACCAUUACCACCAACCCAGUAAGUGAUAUUUGACUAUUUGGUGUCUGAUUGGUAUGGAUGUUUAUGAAGAACAAUGCAAAUUUGACUAAGAGUUUGCAUUACUACAGACAUUAGGAUGUUACUUAGCUUGCCAAAGUACUCUAAUUCUUUCCUAUUACCGCAACUUACUACCUCAAUUUUGUUGUAAAUAAAUUAUUCCUUUAUUGCAAAUAAUAAGAAACGGAGGUAGUAUAACCGGUUCUAUAAUUACCUAGUCGGUCGGUGUAAUAACAUAAAUUUUGAGAGGCUAAUUAUG